UUCGUUGCACUGUUUAGAAGCGAUGAAGAACCUCACUCAACAGGAAAGAAGUGAAAUGUUUUCUCUGUUUGGCCAUGAGAGAUCCCAGGAAUGUCAAUCAUGUGACACAAACCCUAUGAUGGCAGUUUCUUCAGAGUGCAGAGUAUCAUUUUUCUCAGGCAAUGAUGUUAAAGGUAAUGUUUCUUAUCAGCAAUGGCGACAUAAAGUUUGAUGCCCAGAAGGAUACCCAGGAAAUAUGGUGAUGGCUGCCAUUAGACAGGGACUACGGGGAACAGCUGAGCAGAAAGGGACAACUUUAGUUGACGAUCAGGAUAUGUUAAGAACAAAGUUUUGGAGUGGUUUGUUUGACCAGGAAGUUCGAUCUGCCAUACAUCACAGAUUUGACACAGAUGAGCCGUUUAACAAUUUGUUUCAUGCCACACGUGCAGCUGAACACGAGAUUAGCCUUUUGGGCAGGGAAACUGUUAAAGUGUUUAGUAGAGGAGUGAAACACCAGAUUCAGUAA